AACACACAGACCUCAACCGUGCAUGGACGUCUCCAAGCGUAAAGCUCAUAACAGUUUCAGCAACGAAACAUAACAGCCCCCGCAGCACCAGGAGGAUGGCUUACUUUGACAGCAGCUGCCACUGCAGCAGCGAAAGACGACAGAACAGCAUCUUGUACAGCAUUUUAAAGAACGACAGUCAGACUGCGCAACUUGGGAACCAGCCGAGGACCCCGAGGCUCGCCUUGUCCAUGCGCGCGUGUGCUUGCGGCUCCAAGACGAAGGUGUCUCUCCGCUCCCCUCAGACCACAUGUAAAGCCGCCUCCGCGGUCCUGGUCAAGACCCUGAAGUUCGUGAAGAAUGUCCCGUGUUUUCAGGAGCUGCCGGUGGACGACCAACACACGCUGGUGCGGAGCAGCUGGGCGCCGCUGCUGGUGCUCGGCAUGGCGCAGGACAGGAUCGACUUCGAGACUUCGGAGACGCAAGAGCCCAGCAUGCUGCAGCGGAUAUUAACGAGCGGACAGGACAAGCAGGACCACCAGAGUAAUAACGGUGGAGUGGCGUUGACCGACGUUCAAGGUAUUAAAAUGUUUCUGCGGAAAUGCUGGGGACUGGACAUAAGCACUAAGGAGUACGCGUACUUAAAAGGGGCCAUUCUGUUCAACCCAGAUGUUGCAGGGCUGCAGUGUCAACAUUACAUCCAGGGCCUGCAGAGUGAGGCAAACCAGGCGCUUAAUGAAUAUGUCAAAAUGAUUCACCGCGGGGACAGUGCAAGAUUCGCCAAACUCUUCCUCGCCCUCUGCAUGCUGAGAUCCAUCAAUGCCAAUGUGGUGGCCGGUCUGUUCUUCAAACCAGUCAUUGGAGCUGUCAACAUGGAGGAACUUCUUCUGGAGAUGUUUUAUGGGAAAUAAACCCUAAUGCAAAUGCCCAGACAGAAUUAUCAAACUUGAGAAGAGUGGCAGUCAGCAGUGGACUGAGAGAUUUUGAAAAUGACUGAUUCCUUUUUACACAUGCUAUUUUUGUACGAUAUAAGAGCUCUCUUUUUGCCUUCUGAGUUGAACUCCUCACUGAAUCCAAAGUUGAUGACAACGUUUUUUUUUUGCCAUUUGGGGAAAGAGCUUUAUAACUUUGUUCUGAUUGUGCGUUUUUUUUUUUACUUGCUUUUUUUGUGAUGUUGUGCAGCCUUCUGAUGAAUUUCAGUUGAUUCUCUGUGACACUUUGUAAUAACUUUCAUUAAGAAAUCAUUAACAAGCAUUCAUUUAUAUAUGUA